CACAGCGAGACUCCAUUUCAAUUUAAUAAAUAAAUAAGGAAGAGGGCGGCAGUUGCUGCUCAAAGCACGGGCGAGAAGGCUGGGCCUGGAAGUGUUUCCCUGGUGGGGUCCCGGCCAAGGGGGGACAGGCAGAACCCUGGGUCCACCAUCUCCGGGAACCCUUUGUGUGCUCAUCACCUAGCAACAGGAUGCAGCCUCCCCUGGCCCUGGAAGGCCAGCCAGGUGCCAGCAUGCCCUAAGACGGCGGGUGCCCCUCGCGGAGGGGAGUGACCGCGGCCACCGCCCAUGUGCAUCGUCUGCUUCGUGAAGGCGCUGGUGCACGUAUUCAAGAUCUACCUGACCGCCAGCUACACCUACACCUUCCGCGGCUGCCCGGUGGACUUCCGCUGGGAUGACAGGCGCGCGGCUGGCCGUAGCAGCAGCCACCGGGCGCUGACCUGUGCGGGCGCCGCUGCGGGCGUGUGGCUGCUGCGGGACGCGGCGCUGGGCGGGGAGGCACCGGGGCGGCCUCCGCGCGGAGCGCGCAGCCAGGCGCAGUGCCUCCUGCAGCAGCUCCGCGAGCUGCCCGGCCAGCUCGCCAGCUACGCGCUGGCCCACUCGCUGGGCCGCUGGCUCGUGUACCCCGGCUCCGUGUCCCUGAUGACGCGCGCGCUGCUGCCGCUGCUGCAGCAGGGCCAGGAGCGCCUCGUGGAGCGCUACCACGGCCGGCGCGCCAAGCUGGUGGCCUGCGACGGCAACGAGAUCGAUACUAUGUUCAUGGACCGCCGCCAGGAGCCCGGCAGCCACGGGCACGGGCUGCGCCUGGUCAUCUGCUGCGAGGGCAACGCCGGCUUCUACGAGAUGGGCUGCCUGUCUGCGCCGCUCGAGGCCGGCUACUCCGUGCUGGGCUGGAACCACCCUGGCUUCGGCAGCAGCACGGGCGUGCCCUUCCCGCAGCACGACGCCAAUGCCAUGGACGUGGUCGUCAAGUACGCGCUGCACCGUCUGCGCUUCUCGCCCGCGCACGUGGUGGUCUACGGCUGGUCCGUCGGCGGCUUCACGGCCACCUGGGCCACCAUGACCUACCCAGAGCUGGGCGCACUGGUGCUGGACGCCACCUUCGACGACCUCGUGCCGCUGGCGCUGAAGGUCAUGCCGCACAGCUGGAAGGGGCUGGUGGUGCGCACCGUGCGCGAGCACUUCAACCUCAACGUGGCGGAGCAGCUGUGCUGCUACCCCGGGCCGGUGCUGCUGCUCCGACGCACGCAGGACGACGUGGUCAGCACCUCGGGCCGCCUGCGGCCCCUGCAACCUGGCGACGUGGAAGGCAACCGCGGAAAUGAGCUGCUGCUGCGCCUGCUGCAGCAGCGCUACCCCGCCCUGAUGGCGGGAGGGGGCCAGGCCGUCGUCACGCGCUGGCUGCGCGCUGGCAGCCUGGCGCAGGAGGCUGCCUUCUAUGCACGCUACCGCGUGGACGAGGAGCAGUGCCUGGCGCUACUGCGCUCCUACCGUGCAUGCUGCGAAGAAAAGCUGGAGGGCGAGGAGGCCCGGGGGCCGCACGGACCCGGCUUUCCAUGGCUGGUGGGUCAGGGCCUGAGGUCAAGGCGGCGGCGGCAGCUGGCACUGUUCCUGGCUCGGAAGCACCUCAAGAAUGUGGAGGCGACUCACUGCAGCCCUCUGGAGCCUGAGGACUUUCAGUUGCCCUGGGGGUUGUGACCUAUGUCCCUGUGGGGGAUCAUACACUGAAACACC